GAGCCCGAGCCCGCGCAUGCUGCUCCGGGAGCGCGCCGUCCAGGCCGAGCACCGCCGCAGCUUGCCUUCUCUGCGCAGCUGGGAGAAGGGCCGGUGCUGACGAGGACGAGGAUCCCGAGCUCCAAUCCCUAUUCAAGAGCUGCCGGGCUGCCCGCUGCCCCAGUGGGGCUCGGCCCCUCCCGCCACCUGCGUCCCGGUUGAGCCAUGGAUCCUUCGGAGAAGACGAUAUCGGUGUGGAUCUGCCAGGAGGAGAAACUGGUGUCCGGUCUCUCCCGUCGCACCACUUGCUCGGACGUAGUGCGGGUGCUCUUGGAGGAUGGCUGCCAGCGGCGACGCCGGCAGAGGCGAGGCCGGCGGCGGGGCAUAGCUGGCGACCCGCCAGGCCCAGGGGAGCUGCCGGAACCCCUGGACGAGGACGACGAGGACGACGACGCGCUGCCUCAGGGCAUGUUGUGCGGGCCCCCCCAGUGCUAUUGCAUUGUGGAGAAGUGGCGGGGCUUUGAGCGCAUCCUGCCCAACAAGACGCGCAUCUUGCGCCUCUGGGACGCCUGGGGUGACGAGCGAGAGAACGUACGCUUCGUGCUGGUGCGUAGCGAGGCGUCGCUGCCCAACGCGGGACCCCGCAGUGCCGAGGCGCGCGUUGUGCUCAGUCGCGAGCGCACCUGCUCCGCCCGGGGCGUCCCGGCGCGGCCCAGCCUGGCCCUGACCCAGGAGAAGCAACGACGGGUGGUGCGGAAGGCGUUCCGCAAGCUGGCCAAGCUCAACCGGCGGCGCCAGCAGCAGCCGUCGUCGCCUUGCUCGUCCACUUCCUCGUCUACAGCCUCGUCCUGCUCGUCGUCGCCGCGGGCCGCCGAGAGCGCGUCGGUGGAGCGCAUGGAGACGCUGGUGCAUUUGGUGCUCUCCCAAGACCACACCAUCCGUCAGCAGGUGCAGCGGCUCCGGGAGCUGGACCGAGAGAUUGACCGCUACGAGGCCAAGGUGCAUCUGGACCGCAUGCGGCGGCACGGAGUGAACUACGUGCAGGACACCUACUUGGUGGGCGCAGGCAUCGAGCUCGACGGGCGCGGCCCGGGAGAGGAGCCGGCGGCGGCGACGGCGGCGCCGGCCCUGGACGGCGAGGCUCAGGCGGUCGAGCUGGAGGAGCUGGCCCAGCGCUGCGAAGACCUGCUGCGGUUGCAGGAGCAGCGGGCCCAACAGGAGGAGUUGCUCGAACGCCUCUCAGCCGAAAUCCAGGAGGAACUGAACCAGAGGUGGAUGCGGAGGCGCCAGGAGGAGCUCGCAGCGCGGGAGGAGCCCCCGGAGGCUGAUGGCGGCCUCGACGGUGAGCUGCUGCUGGAGCGGGAGCGGGUCAGGACGCAGCUCAGCACCAGCCUCUACAUCGGGCUCCGGCUCAACACGGACCUUGAGGCCGUCAAGUCGGACUUAGAUUACAGCCAGCAGCAGUGGGACAGCAAGGAGCGCGAGCUACAGGGCCUUCUCCAGACUUUGCACUCGUUGGAGCUGACGGUAGUUCCCGAUGGGACUCCAGUCUCGAGCGGUCCCUCGCAGGAACCCCGGCCUCAGGCCUGCGCAGAGGUGUGGGUGGACCAGGCCCGCGGACUGGCCAAGAGCUGUCCUGGUAACGACGAGGACUCGGAUACCGGGCUGAGCUCUAUGCACAGCCAGGACUCGGACUCGGUGCCUGUGUGCGAAUCCCUUGUGUAGGAGGAGCAGAGCGGGGAGAGGGAGACGGCCGAUUCUCCCUUCUUUGUAGGCAGCACCGGCUUGACCGGCUCAGGGACUUGAAACCAGGCGGGGAGUGGGCCCGGACCUUCUGCCGGGCAGCAGCGCUCUGACUGGGCGAGGGAGGGCAGGGGACGCCUGCUCGGCAGCGGCGCUCCUCUGGCCUUGGAGUGAAUGUGGAGGAUGAUAACUAGACGAGGAAGCAGGGUCUCCAUUACAAGCUCUUUCAGGGGAAGAAAGGAGGGAGGAGGUGAGAACCCCCUUAUGUUGGAAAACAAAUGCUCCAGGAAGUUGACGUGGUCCGAGCCCAUUUUCCAAAAAAACAACAAAAAGAGUAUCAUGGAGAUUUCACCAAUCUUUUGUAUGGGAAGGACUGAUGGCAGCUGGAACUUUAGUUUGUGGUAUAAAGUACUUUUUAAAGAAACACUUGGAUGAAAAGGAAAUUCCUUGAAUGUUAAUUGUGACUGUGAACAUGUUAAAACUAGCCAAAGAGGACGCACUGGUGUUGGUCUCAGCCUUACUCACACCUUUGAUAAAACCCAUAGGCACCAAAAUCCUGGCUGUUUACAUUUAUGCAGAUUUGGGAAUUACCCAUCUGCUAAACUCUUUGCCUUUUAUUUUCUUUCAAAGACUAACUCUAUUUCCUCCUAGCAAAUACAGUAUAUGUUAAAAUGGGGUCCUUUUCCCAAAAUCACCUUUUAUUAUUAUAAAAGCCAAACCUAACCCUUGGAGAUACAGAAUCGUGGUAGACAUAACCCCUGGUUAAAAUUUAAUCUAGGCCCUUUGAGAUUUGCUCCUGCAAAGGUAUGUGUGUUGUCCUUUUAUUCUUAUUGCCACUUCAUUCCCUUCAGACACUGUUAUUUCAGAAAAAAUAAAAGGGAAGUUGCAGAAUCCAAGUACAACUACAUUUGCUGUUUAAUGAGCACUCUGGUUGAAAGGUAAGCCUUGAAAGCAAAGAUCUUUGUUAGUAUUCAGCUUUUUAACUAAGCUACGUGUAAAACCAACCAUGACCUCAACAGAUUUUACCAAACAAACCCAAGUCUAACUUCAGUAUCUUUGGUCAGAGAUUAAUUAGUUACUUGUCCAAACCUAAAUUGAGAUAGUGUAAAUAUCAAGGUUUACUAGAUAAGACCUGAAAAGAAAACAUAAAACAAUCUAAUAGUACACCUUAGGUGAAGAAUUUGGUUAACAACGGCAUGUAGCCAUAAAAGCAUAUAAAGGCAUAUAAAAUUGAGCUAAAGAUUCGACUUGAAUUACUCUUGUCUGGCUCACACCUUUGCAGACACCAC